AGAAAACAAAACGUAUAACACCUGGCCAUAACACACUCGGGGGGGAAACAAAGCCAGCGUAACAGUGAGUGGCAGCCGUCCAACGUCAUACUAAAGAUUGUUAAAUAAUCUGAUAUGGCUUUGAAAAGAAUACAGAAGGAGUUAAACGAUUUACAAAGGGAUCCUCCGGCUCAAUGUUCAGCUGGACCCGUGGGAGAGGACUUGUUUCACUGGCAAGCUACCAUCAUGGGACCGACAGAGAGUCCUUUUCAGGGUGGCGUAUUCUUCCUUGCAAUUCACUUCCCCACCGACUAUCCCUUUAAACCACCAAAGGUUGCCUUCACAACAAAGAUUUAUCACCCAAACAUAAACAGCAAUGGUAGCAUCUGUCUUGACAUCUUAAGGUCACAGUGGUCACCUGCACUUACAAUAUCUAAAGUUUUACUAUCUAUAUGCUCUCUGCUCUGUGAUCCAAAUCCAGAGGACCCUCUUGUUCCAGAAAUUGCUCACAUCUACAAAUCAGACAAAAAGAAGUACAACAGAUUAGCUAGAGAUUGGACUCAAAAGUAUGCAAUGUGAAGAACUGAAGUUUUGGCAGCAAUGGAAAUGAUACAGAUGCACAUCUUGCUGGAUACUUCCAUACUACAAAGUACUGUUUAAACUUCAUACUGACAACACUGUUUUUUUUUUUUUUACAUUGGAAGCACUUUCUCUACCCAGACUUGAGAAGAUUCAUCCUUGAAUUUUAGAUUUUUUUCCUUUUAUUAUUUUUUGUCAUUAUUACAUGGUCUGCAAAACAGACAAAGCUAUAUUUUGAUUUUCCUAUUUGUUUUUUUUUCUUAAAGAUUUAUAUCGCAUAAUGUAGAACUGUACAGAAUGUAUUUUUAUUUUACAUUAAAAUUACACA